AGAAGAGACUGAUUCUCUUUGUCCUUCUCUCUGCUUUAGGCAGUCCCAUUCCAAAAGUUCCAGGAUGACACGUCAAAUCAAUGCCGGAGCACUGAAUGCAUCCGAUGUAUCCAAGUGGGUCCAUUCUCUGGUUUCUCCCUUUCGGUGAUGCACUGAUGCCAUGGGCCUGGACUCAUCCAUGGUACUCUCUCUGUCUUCUUGCUCUUCAUUCUCUUCAUUCUCUUCAUUCUCUUCAUUCUCUUCAUUCUCUUCAUUCUCUUCUCUCAUACACACUCUCCCUACAUUCUACAUUCUCUAUUAUCUAUCCUCAAGACUAUAAAUAUAAAGAGAACUCAUGGGAAGAUCCCUCUAAUUCUCUCCCUCUUCCCCCGUCUCAAUCCCUCCAGUGUCCAUAUAUUGAUUACAUCAUAACACACGAUCGGCACACAGCUCCACCUCCCGCCCAACCUUUCGUCAAUCCUCCAUCAUCUUCCACUGAUUAUCUAUCUUCUAGACCGAAAGUACCAUACAUACUAUUUACUUACAGUACUUACAGUACUCACUAGUAUCGAAUGUGGAUAAGAUACAGGACAGGAACAGUACUCAAACCCAAUAGUAUCCUCCUAUACAGGAUAGAUCAAACAAGUCUACCAAUGUUCAACACACCAUCUAUCCCGUGAAACACCGACUCCACUUGCCUAUCAAUGGAGGUCGUGGAUCGCUGGUGUAGAUAGAGAGUGGAGUGACGCUCCACUCGCCACUUACCGCUAUCCAUCCUAUAUAUAUCACGUGUGUGAUAUGCCAAGUUCUUACGUUAUCGAUCACAUGAUGGUCUCAACUCUUAUAUAAGAGAAAUAAAUAUCUCUACUGACCACAG